UUUAGUUUGAUGGUGUCUGGUAUGAAAAUCAGCGUACAUUUGCUCUCGCAGAAGGUGGGCUGAAAUGUGCUAAAACAGUGAUUAGUGGAGCGAACAAGGAAAGACUAAGAGCUUCUUUUAGACGGACAGGAGUCAAUAUAUUAAACCGAAAAGUAACUUUAAUGCGUGGUUAUCUGCAUACACCUCGAGGAGAAGCACCUGCUAAAUUAGAGCUUGUCAUGGGACCACUUCAAUUAUUUCUGCAAUACCAUGUUAUUGAUACAAAUUAUGAUGAUUAUGCUGUUAUUUGGGGAUGUUUUGAAUCACCAAAAUACAGUCCUAUUCUUGGACAUACAGAGAACUUAUGGAUAUUAUCACGCAACAAGACAUUAUCAGAAGAACAUAAAGAAACCAUCUAUAACAAGUUGGAUACUCUAAAUAUAAAUCGUGCUGGAUUGGUUGAGACUACUUUCGAAAACUGUACGUCUAGCAAAUAUUCUUAAAAUUGAGAGGAGCCUUCAAAAUACCCAUUUCUUUUUCAUAUCAUAUUAUGUAUUAAUCGGUUUUAAUUUAUUCAAAUAAAUCUUUCAUUCAUAUUUACAAAGCUAGUUUUAAAUAAAAACUAUUCAACUA